AUGGUGUUGGUGGAAGUCUUAGUGGAAUUGGUGGAAAUACUGGCGGUCUCGGUGAUUUCAACUUGGCCAAGGAAAAACCGCAGAGCACCACAGGGGCGAACGCGGACCGAGUUGGAGGCGCGGCGGCGUCUGAGGACCUGCGGAGAAAUCACGUGUCGGCCGUGAUGAGCAACAUCGAGGACGCGACCUUGGAGGCGUACAAAGGCUACAGCCAGGGCACCGCGGGCAGCGACUUUGACGUGUCCGCACUGAUCCGGAUGCACUGCGCCAGGGCCUACCUGGAUGCCUGUACCUCCGUUCUCAACGCCAAGAUGCAGGACAUCGCCAAGUUCCAGGCGCUCAACACACCCGCGGCCGCUGCCACAUCGGACACGGUCGCAGCCGAGAGGUUCCCGCCGGAACAACCGCUGCCAGACUUGCCGUUGCUGCCAGAUUACAGCAAUGUGACGACGCCUGCCGAGACAAGCACGGGCUAUUCCACGCGGCCACGGAGGAAAAAGAGCGCCUCAUCAGCCGCAGCAGCAGCAGCAGCAGCAUCCACGUCUGGGGGUACGACGGAGUCGGCCGCUGGUCCCUCCACCCAGCGCUGGGCGGGAACCAAGAAGAGAAAAGGCUACAGGGCAAAGCGUUACACGGGUGCCUCUGUGUCUGACGCGAACGGGUCCGCCUCGAAGACUGGCGGUGAGGGCGGAAGAGGAGGGAGUGAACACACGAAUUCUGUCGCCUCAUCUUCCUCCUCGACGUCUUCCUCUUCGGGUUCGCCGGCUAAAGCGAAGGUGAAGAAACUUCCUGGGGAGAAGCCGUACAAGUGCGACACGUGCGACGCGUGUUUUCCCAUUCCCAGCGCGCUGAAGAAGCACUACCGAAAGCACACGGGGGAGAAGCCCUAUCAGUGCUCGAUAUGCGAGGCACGGUUCACGCGUGCCACCGGCCUCAAGACACACUUCCUGACACACACGGGGGAGCGGCCGCACAAGUGCUACUUCUGCGACGCCAUGUUCACGCGCUACGACCACCUCAAGAUGCACAUCAUGACGCACACUGGGGAGAAGCCACACAAAUGCGAUUUCUGCGACGCGCGCUUCACCCGCAAGACGCACCUCAAGACGCACCGCAUGUCGCACACAGGUGAGUGGCCCUACAAGUGCGAGAUCUGCCACGCCCAGUUCGCCUACGCGGAGCAGCACAAGGCCCACUCGUACUCGCACACGGGAGUCCGGCCCUACAAGUGUGACAUUUGCGACGCGGGCUUCGUGCGCGCCUUCCACCUCAAGACGCACAAGAUGACGCACACGGGGGAGAAGCCCCACAAGUGCGUGGUCUGCGACGCCCGGUUCACCCGCCCGUUCCACUUGAAGCGGCACGAAAAGACGCACAUGAAGGAGAUCCUGCAAGUGAGAGUCGGGGCGAUGAACACGCAGCCAAUGAUGACUCAGGAACCAGAAAAGAUGGUGGACAAAGACAUGUGCCGGCAGAUGCAGAUGCAGACGCUGAAAAUGACUAGUCACCAGUUCACACUCUGAGAUAAAAAAAAGAUGUGUGUGCAGACAGACGAUGAAAAAGGCCGAUCACCGAUUCAAACUCGGAUGGGUUGUCGAAAAAAGGUGUGUGCUGACGUAAGCUGAAACUGACCGGUUGUCCUUUCAUCCUUUGAUGUGUGGUUAAAAAGAAAAUGGAUGUUUGCAGACGAACACUGAAACUCACACCUGGUAAAUUCAGGCUCUGGAAAACAGGUGUUUGGUAGACAGAUGCAGUCACAGAAAUUGACUGGUCAACGAUUCACACUCUGAUGUGUUGUCAAAAGAAGACAGAUGUGUGCAGACGGGAGUUGCAACUGACCGGUUGGCUGUUCAGGCUUUGAUGUGUGGCCCAAGCAAGGUGUUUGCAAUUGGACGCUGAAACUCUCUCCUCAUCAAUUCAAACACUGAUGUGUGCUCAAAAAAUGGUUUUUGCAGACAGAUGCACGUGCAGAAACUGACCCGUCGACAAUUCACAUUCUGCCUAAUGUCUGGUCAAAAAAGGUAUUUGCAGGAAGAUGCUGGAAGUCAGACAUGGUCAAAUCCCGCUUUGAUGUGUAGUUGAAAAAAUUAUUUUGGCAGACAUAUAUGCAGAUGCAAAUCCUGACCAGUCAUCAAGUCACACCCUGCCUGAUGUGUGAUUUUUUUUAAAAAAGGGUGUUUGUAUGCAGAUGCAGAUACUGACCGGACAAUAAUUCACUCUGUGUGAAGCAAAAGAAAAAAAGUAUGCGCGGACAGUCACUGAUACUGACCGGUUUUCAAUUCAGGUUCUGAAGUGUGGUUUGAAAAAAGGUGGGUGCAGACGGAUGCGGAGACUUGCACAUGGUCAGUCAACACUGUGACGUGUUGUCGAAGAAAGGUUUUGACAGAUGGAGCAAUCGACCAGUCGUCAGUUCACACUCUUCUUGGUGUGUAGUCAUAAAAAGUGUGUGUACGGACACACUUUGAAACCUGACCGUUAAUUAAAUUUAAUUAAUCCAGGCUCUUGUUGUGUGCGGUUCGAAAAAGGUGUGUGAAGACGAGACUCUGAAAGUAACAAUUCAGGUCUUUACGUGGGGUCUGCUCCUUCUACUUAUGUACACAGUGUUACUGUUUAUCAUAGUCCCGAUCAAGUGGACGGUAUCGGUGAUGUAGCGGCUAGUUGCCUCACCGUUGCAUACAGGAGACCCGAGUUUGAUUCCUGCCUGGGGAGAAUUUUUGUAGAGUGUCUCGGUCUUUAGGGGUGGUUCCAGAGAAUCUUACAGUAUGACAUGGAUGGUGGCUCGAAUUCGUCAGGACCGGCCUCAGUAGUUCGAGGGUUCCGUAGCUCGAAGGACAUCUUACAAAGAUAAAGAA